CCCCCCCCACCCCCCCUCCGCCCCUCCUCACAGCGCUCAGGCCACAGGCAGCUGGGAGGAAGAGCGGCCAACAGAUCAACAGUUGCUGGGACUUUGGUUGAGCGACUGGCCGGGCUGCUGCACGCCACCCAGUCCACGUUCGGGGCACCUGACCAUGGGUAAACUGACAAAUGCCUGGCCUUCGGGUGCGCCUGCAGAUGGACGCUGGGUGUCAUGACCUUACCGCACCGGGCGCACACGCACACACACACGUAUGAAUGCUUGCACUUCACCCUCUGUCUGCCUCAUGUUUAAUCUCGCAAUGUUUUUUUAAGCACCUGACCAAGAACAUUGCACAAACACAAGUCUCAGGAUGUUUGACUUAUUGUCACGGAGCUGGCACAAGCUUUAUAGACGCCGGAGGAAAGUGUCGUAAUUUGCUCCUAAUGAACAUGUUGAAAUCAUGAGAUUUGAUACAUUCUUAACGGCUGAAUCACAGAGUUGCUUUGCAAAAAGGGACAAAAGGUUUGAUUAGAUUUCUCCAACCUGCCUCCAAUUUGUAUUCAUACAUGUAUUAAUGCUGCCAUCUAAGUUGGCACAGACACCCACAAACACAUACAAGCAUAUGGAACACGUAUACACAUCGCAGCCUCACAAUGUACAGUACACUCGCGGGCCAUAUUUAACUCAUCUUGACAAGGCUGUUAAUUUCUCUGAAAGCAGGGACGGAUUCCAGCAACCCUCUCUAUCCACGUCCCCUCUUCCCUCCAAAAUGCCCAGCUGUUGCCACAGUAGACAGCUGCUUUAGGGGCAGAACGAAUCUCAGCUGUCGAGCUGAGUCGUAUGUUGGGGGGGUUGGUGGAUUUUGGGGUUUGUACUCCCCUCAAAACCAAUGACGCUCCACUUCCUACUCCGCACGGCCCAGCGAGAUGGGUGGAGCGUGGAAAAAAAGAAAAAACGCUGACAGACGGCAGAUUUAAAGACAGAAACCAGGGGCUACAGCUGUCUGUGUGUUUACAACCAAACUGAACUGGGGGUCAGCCAUGAGAUGUCCCCAAGAAAUCGAUGUACUAUAACCCCAGCUUGAUACGAAUCUGGCUGGAAAAUAGAGAAAUGUGCUCGAAUAUUAGAUUAUGCUAAAAUCUAAUUUUGACAUCAAACGGUUUCCAACAAUGAAUAUUCACCACAUAGGGAUUUGCUGAAAAAAAUGCCUCAGCCGUUGCCAAAUCCAGAAAGAGGCGAACAUAUUGUCGCUGUUCAUCCACUUGCACAGAAACUCAACAUACACGUACAUGACUCACAACCGGUUUAUUGCCCUGGAUCGAUCUCAAAUCUUCCAAAGUGGUUUGUGUUAAACAGAACUGCCUCUUUGAGAGUUUAACCCGGCGUCAUUCAUGCUACACGUUGUAAAGGUCGGAGGUCGUACGAGCCCAUUUCAGUCGCCUGGAGCAAAUGAGGCCUCUGGGCUAUGAUCUCUGAGCGUAUUCUAAUGAGCCUGGACAGCCUGGCACUUGAUCAGAGGGCAGUUAUAUGAUACGCAAAUUUCAUAUUGCUUAACAAACUAGAUUACGGACAGGGGCGGGGGGGACAACAGCGUCUCAUUACUGGCCACAAGAAGGCCAGGGUCUAAUCAGAAUACGCUGCUGUUCUUUGUUGCAAAUGUGGACAAUAUGUGGACGACAGAGUGACGUCCACCAGGUUAUAGAGAGACGUUUGAGUGAUGUUAUGAAUUAAAACUGGUCUGGGGAAGAGUCACAGAAAGGCCAGUGACAAACUGGUUGACUGGUUUGUCCUGAUUUCAACUACAGAUUGUGGAUGAAGGAAGCAGAACGCUAAACUACCACAUACUCUUUAUCACUUCAAAUAAAAUGACGUGACAUGAAUCCAGAUUCUUCCUAUUUCAAACAUUGAUCUGAUCGGUAAUAGUGACAUAUUCGUAAAAUGAUUCAAAUUUCAUCAUGAUCGCAUUCCUUUAGUAGAAAAAAAACUGAAUGCAGCAGCAGCCAUCAAGACUCACUUUAACCUGACUUCCUAUUUCAUGUUCCCAUGUCUCCCUCUUGUGGUGAAUAACUGCAAUCACAUCACAUCACGCUCCACAGGUGGCUGGGACCUGCAUUUGAUUUAUUUCAUCACUUAAUUUGUCUCCACAUUAUUUAAGUAAAGUCCCUGCUUAUAUAGAACCAGGUCGCUUACAUUAACUAAGCCUGUUUGUUUUUAUUUGGCAAAUGACUGGUUUCUUAAUUGUUCAAUUCAACCAAAGGACAACACAUCAUAUUCAUAUUAUAUUUUUAUUAUAUUUCCAUUUAAAACAUUUACUUUAUUCUUAUUGACUCUGGCCUCCAGUUACACCUCAAGCAUGCAUCCAACUUGAAAUAUCCAAUCAUCCAUUUUGAAAUAUGAAAACCAAGAAUAUUCUAUUACAAGAAAUAGAGUGUAGCAUAUAUCCACAAAAAUAGUGACUAAACCUGCACCAAAACAUUAAAAGUACACACGUUGGCUUUAGUAGAUUCCUAUACAGCAUAAAGUGUCUGAUUGAAAGACAGUUUGCUCACACAGCAUCUUUGUUUUAUUCUAGUAUACUGUACUAUAUUCACCUUUCUUUGGAUGUUUGGACUGUUUUAAUAUCCCAGAUUAAUGCAAAAUAUGAAAAUGUCCUUUCAGAGAGGAGAACAUUUGAAUCCACAACAGUAUCAUAACGUUUUGAUCCCAUGAGGAUUCGAUGAAAAUGGAUCCGUUUUAGGUGGAAGCCUGUGAUCAUACAGUGUUUAUACAGAUGCAGUUGUUUUUCAGCACCACGGAGAGCGUCCUGUGUCUAUAUGCCCCCCAUAGACUGUAUAUAAGGUGUCACCCUCGUAAUCACAUGUGAUGAUCCCACGUACACAUCAGCACACAGUCAACACAACCAAGUCACGUGGUGGACAUUAUUCUCAGUUAACACAGUGAAAACAAAGACUCAGUGCAAAGUGCUGCGCUCCUGCGUCCUGACCGCGCUGCGCUCCUGGCUCAGGUUUGGUGCCACAUCCCAUCGACGCUCAGAGUCGAGGCUGCUGCCCUGAAGAGAGGAGCCUGUCCGCGGCAGGAAGCGGCUCCACCACAGCGGAAGCCAGCGCGUUCAGCUUUUCGGGAUCAUUUCCCUCCUGCUCUUGAGUCGCGAGGUGUCUGGGGGAGCGUGCGUUUGACGCGCAGGUGAAUUUAUUUUUGCCACUUCAACUUCCUCGCUGUGCAAACUUUUCUUUUCUGUCUUUAUUGUUUUUGAUUCACCUGAAAUUCACGCGGAUACAGUGAUUUAAAAAAAAUCUUGAGAAAUGUCUCGCAAGAAGUCUGCCAGGGGCAAAGCCGCGUCCAGCAGCCCGUCCACGGGCAGCCCCACCGGGAAGGCAGCGCGGAGCAGCCCGGCCAUUGUUCAGAUGAACGGAGUGGUCCAUCCCAGCAGACCGUCCAUCAGCAACAGCAGCGAGUUCUAUGACAUCGCCUUCAAGGUGAUGCUGGUUGGAGACUCUGGCGUUGGGAAAACCUGUCUACUGGUCCGCUUUAAGGACGGAGCGUUCCUGGCAGGCAGCUUCAUCUCCACCGUGGGCAUUGACUUCAGGAAUAAAGUCCUGAACAUCGACGGAGUCAAGGUGAAGCUCCAGAUAUGGGACACCGCCGGACAGGAGCGCUUCCGCAGUGUCACUCAUGCCUACUACCGCGACGCCAACGCUCUCCUUCUGUUCUAUGACGUAACCAACAAGACAUCCUUCGACAACAUACAGGCGUGGCUGACCGAGAUCCAUGAAUAUGCCCAACAGGACGUGGUGCUCAUGCUGCUCGGAAACAAGGCGGAUGCCACUCACAACAGGGUGGUGAAGAGAGAAGACGGAGAGCGGCUUGCUAAGGAGUUCGGAGUUCCCUUCAUGGAGACCAGCGCCAGGUCGGGUCUCAACGUCGAGCUGGCGUUCACUGCUGUGGCUCGGGAGCUGAAGCACAGGUCCCUGAAGGAUCCCAGUGAGAAGUUCAAGCUGCAGGAGUACGUCAACCAGGAGAUGAAGGGCACUGGGUGCUGCAGAUCUUAAAGCCUGCUGCACUCUCUGGAUGUGUGUGUUGGUGUGUGUGUGUGUGUGUGUGUGUGUUGGUGUGUGUGUGUGUGUAUCACUCAUCUUCAUAAAGUGUGUGUUUAUGAGAUGAGGAGUCAGCUCCAGCGAGGUAUUAACCUGUUUGAUUCUCUACUGUCAAACCUCUCAGUUCUCACAGCGUCAGUCUGUUGUCCUGUCCUCCUCCAUCUCGUAUGUCUUGCAUUAUCUUUUGACCCCCCAGACGUAGAAUGUGACACCUUGCCAACACCUCUGCAUCAACACGUGUAGUGAUUUUAUUGUGAAGGGGAUUUAAUUAAACUUUUUGCGGAGACAAGGAAAAUGUAUUUUAAAGCCUUUUUAUUUUUUCUCGCAUCAACUCUUCUUGUUCCAUGAACGGAUGAAUAUCCAUAUAACAGAUGUCUAGUGAUUUGUCUUCUGCCCAUAGGUUCAGUGUUCACGUCUGGAUUUUAGGCUCCGUGGAGCCAGGUUUAGCUCACCAGCAUAAACUCAGUCUAAGUAUUUCCAUGAUUCAGCUGUGGAUAUCCGGGAUUAUGUAUAACUUCAACAGAAUAUAAGCAAAUCAAUGUUUUUGUAUUCAAAAGAUACUGAGUAUAGCAUCAUUAGCUUGUUUUAGUAGAUAUAGAUUCAUGCUAAAUGCAAAUAUUAAAAAGUAGUUCGAGCGGAUCCACAGAAACAUAACAGUGCAUGGGUUACACGACCUACAACAGUUUUCAUUAUCGUAGUAUUUUCUAUGAUAGAGGAUCAGUUCUGAGUCGUGGCAAGCUCUAAUUCAACCGUUCUUCUCGAUAAUGCAAUGUUUUAUUUUGGAAAUGUUCUAAAACAGAUGGUCAAACACCUUAUGUGUAAAUACUUAUCAUUUAUUUCUGCACGUUAGAAAAAAAGUAGAUAGAAAAGUAGCACUUUAGGUGAAUAACGGGCGUGAGUGGGUUUUGGGAAUAAAGACCUGGAGCCUGUUGACAGUGUUGCCUGAAGUAUUGUAUAUGAAACAUGUAUAAUUCAGUUUUUAUUUCAAUGUUUUAGUUGUAGCCGGUGGAAAUGUUACUAGACUGCUUUAAUAAUUCCUGCUUUAGUUUUGCAUUCAUUCAUAUACACAGAUUAAAUAUAGUGCCACAGUCUUUUCAAAACAUUAUUUGAUCCUUAUCUGUUAACAGUAUUUAUCCAAUUCAUAAAGAAUCGUAAGCCUCUUUUUAACAGAAAGUUGAUUUAGUAGAUUUAACCUUAGUCAUAAAAUUUAAAUAUACAGUAUUUACUUAACAUGGUUUUACUACUUUUCAAUGUGCAGCUUCUUUCUUGUAACUGAAAAUAAACACAAUAAAAACGGGUUAUGUGGCUUCGAGCCUUUUU